AUGGGAAAUGUAAUUGAAGGAUUUAGUGAUUGCUUUCCAAAAAAAAAGAAAAAAGCUCAAGGACAUAAACUCGGUACGAGAAAUGAAAACAACAAUAAUAAUCCAAUUGGAAACAAUGUAGGAAAUGAAAAAACAGGAAAAACAGGAAAAGAUACAAGUGGUGUACAAACUCUUGAUAACGGUAAAACAGUAGGGAGUGUUAGUGUUAAGACUGGAGGAAUGCCCUCGAGAGAAGACAUGGCUGCUGCUGCUCAAAAAAGGCAAGAUGAUGCUAAAUUAAAGGGAGUAAUAAAAGGUGGUGGUAAAUUAAGUAAGAAACUUGAAGAACAACAAAAAAAUUCCAAUCAGCCUGAAUCAAUUCCUUCAAAUUCAAAUUUACAAUGGAGGGUCGAUUAA